GCUUACUCUGUUAAAUGAUACCAAAUUUCGAAAAAAUUGAGUGUAAUGAUUUUGUAAGUAUGGUUAGUCCUAGAAUUCCCAUGCUUCGUGUAUUGACUAUUUCUGUCUAUUUUGUGUUCACCAUUUUUCUGCUUAUAUUGUUCGGUUGUUUUUCCAUCUCAUCCGCACGUACUGAAAACGUAAAUGUAGGUGCAUUGAUCAACUAUGAUAGUCGAAUUGGCAAAGAAAUGAAAACGGCUUUAAAAUUAGCCGGUCAAAAGUUCAACAAGUCCUCUAACCGUGCUUUUCUUCAUUUCAAGAAUCCUCGUGAAAGUCCAAUCGAGGCACUGUAUGCAGCCGAGGAGCUCGUUAAAGAGAAAAAUGCACAAUUCAUCGUCAGCACGGGCACAUGGGCCGAAACUGCUUUAGUCGCUACCUAUGGAAACCGAACAAAAGUACCGAUAAUCUCAUUUGCCGGGCCCACAAUCGAAAAAUCAAUCGUAGAACAACAAUGGCCCUUCCUAGUUCACAUUUUCCCAGACACAAAACAGCAGAUCAAAUGCAUUGCAGAUAUAAUCACCACUUUUCACUGGCGAAAAGUCGUAGCAAUUUAUGAAGUCGACGAUUCGGGUGCUUUUAGUCUGUUAUCAGAUGCGUUGUCAGCCGUUGGCGUUGAAAUCGAGCACCGUUUGGUUCUCCCGCCUUUUUCCUCUUUAUCCGACCCUAAUACCUUCGUUCGCCAAGAAGCUCAAAAACUGUUGACCAAACAAGCCCGCGUUUUUGUAGUUCUUAAGACAUCACUUGAAAUGAGUGUUGUUUUAUUUAAGGAAGCGAAUGAGUUGGGUCUUGUUCAGAAAGAUUCCGCAUGGAUAAUAUCGGACCCUUUAGCUGGUCUAUUGGAUUCUGUUAACUCGUCGGUUAUUUCCUCAAUGGAAGGUUCUAUAGGUGUAACGACCCAUUUUUCCGAAAACGGGAGACUAUUUCGAGAGUUCAAGCAAAACUUCCGGCGAAUUUUCCGGUCAGAUUAUCCGGAGGAAGAUAAUUUCGAGCCGAGUGUAUUCGCUUUGCGGGUAUAUGAUGUCAUGAAUGCCAUCAUAAUGGCUGCUAAGAAAUCAAACAGUGGCGAGUCGAAUUUAGAAGCUUUGUUAUCGACUGACUUCGCGGGUUUGAGUGGGCGUAUUAGCUUCGAUGGUGGAGAGUUAAUAGUACAACCGUUUGCCCUCAAAAUCGUGAAUGUGGUGGGUAAAAAGUAUAAAGAGGUGGGGAUUUUAUCAUCGAAUACUGAGGAAAGACCAGUAAAGUGGUAUGAAUUUGAUUUGAUAAACUGGCCAGGGGACUUGAGGAGGGUCCCAAAGGGUUGGUCCAUGCCUAAUGAAGCUAAGCCACUAAGAAUCGGAGUACCCGGUAGAACUUCUUUCGAGAAAUUCGUGAAGGUGACUGGAAAUUCAAGUAUACAUAGUUAUAGCUAUUCGGGGUUUUGUAUCGAUAUUUUCUUCGAGGUGGUGAAGAUUGUAGAGAACGAUUACCCUCUUCCUUACGAAUUUGUGCCUUUCCUAGGGACUUAUGACGAGCUAGUUAAUUGUGUUGCUAACAAGACAUUUGAUGCCGUUGUUGGGGAUGUUACGAUACUCGCGAACCGGUCGAGUUUUGUGGAGUUCACUCAGCCGUUCACCGAGUCAGGGCUAACGAUGUUGGUGACUGUCAAUUCCCGAGCUCGGAACACAGCCUGGAUAUUUAUUAAGCCUUUUAGCGGUGGAAUGUGGGCUGUUACUGGUGCUGUUUUCCUGUAUACGGUUCUAAUCGUCUGGCUUUUGGAGCGUGAAAUGAAUCCCGAAUUCGAAGGGCCGUGGUGGAAUCAGUUGAACACCGCUCUCUGGUUCACGUGUUGUUCGCUUUUCUUUGCUCACAGGGAGAAGGUAUACAACAACUACACUCGUAUAGUUGUGCUCGUGUGGCUCUUUGUGGUGCUCGUCCUGACAUCGAGCUACACCGCCAGCCUGUCGUCACUGCUCACCGUGCCCCGCAUCACACCGAGCAUCUCGGAAAUCCAGCUGUUGAAGGACCAAAACGCAAAAAUCGGGUGUGAUGGGGAUUCGUUUGUCCGCAAAUACUUGGAAAACGUGCUCGGUUUUCAUCCGGACAACAUCAGGACUGUCGACAGUGAAUACAAAUAUCCAAAGGAAUUCGAGACGGGCAACAUAUCCGCAGCUUUUCUCGAGCUUCCUUAUCAGAAGGCUUUCCUUAAUCACUACUGCACGGGAUACACUGUCUCUGGCAACACGUCUAGUGUUGCUGGAGACAGAUUCGGAGGACUGGGUUUCGUAUUCCAGAAAGGGUCGCCUAUAACGGAAGAUGUCUCCCGAGCAAUUUUGACCCUAUCAGAAAACGGGAAGCUGAAGGAGCUGGAGCUCGAGUAUAUUUCUCCUACACGAAAGUGCGUGCAGAAUGCGGAUAUGAUGGAAAACUUGAGCUGGGAAAGCUUUUGGGCACUCUUCAUUUUCUCUGUUGGGACUUCUGCAAUUUGUUACCUGCUCUUUUCUGUUCACCAGCUUUACGAGCAGUGGCACCGGGAAUAACAAGGGUAGCUAGCUGCACAUUGGUAUAAAAAAUGGAACUUCCUUGUGAACAAUAGCGAAAAAUUCAUUUAGGAAUAUUCUGUACAGUGUUGGAAAGGUAGUUAUAGGUAGGAGAUACUUGUAAUCAUAUACAAGUGUACAUGUAAGGUUAAUAAAAGAGCUGGGUUCAGCUUGUUCACAGCCAACAAUAUACAUGUAAGGUUAUUAAAAGAGAAAAGUAAAGGUUGUAACCUAACCUAUAUGCGAUAAACGCUUGUACUGCGUUUAGCAAAUACAUAUCGAUUCGAG